AUGACAAGUCAUUAUUUCUCGACUUAUGUUGAAGAUCUAGAACAGGAGCCAUUUGAUGCGAUUGAUUUUGUUGAACGCCUAGCUUGGCGUUUAACUGGCGGUAAGGAUGAUAUUGAUGUUGUGGAUCUAAAAACGAAGUUUGAAGAAGAGAUUGGUAAUUUACAAAUGUUGAGCGAUCAAUUUCAGUCGAAGAUACUUUCGUUAGAGCAACAGUGUAGUAACGACAAGAGUGAAUAUUUAACUGUCCUUCAUAAACUUCAUGAACAAAACGCUGAUGCUAUGGAUAAAUUAAAGCAAUUGGACAGUACUAUGCAAACUGUAUCCACCAAAGUUGUGCAUUUGGGAGACCAACUGGAAAGUGUUCAUCUUCCACGUGCUCGGGCCAAUGAAGCUCUUCAACUGAUGAAGCAUUUUGAUGAGUUUCUGGCUGAUCAGCCACUAAGUUCUGAAAUUUUUACUGAUCCAGAUCGAUUGUUAGAAUCUGCUACAAUGAUCCAAAAAUUGUCUUCGAUUUCUCAAGAAUUGGCUAAAGAUAAGUACAGCAACGUACAGAUUAGAAUUGCUCACAAAUAUGAUGAAAUCGAACGUUUGAUGUUGGAAGAAUUUGUACGAGCUCACAGGCAGGGCAAUUGGCGUAGGAUGCGGGAGAUUGCUGCAAUUUUAACUGAUUUUAAGGGUUAUUCGCAAUGCCUAGAUGCUUUCGUAGAGCACAUGCAAAUUAAUGCUUUUCGUGGAGACAAUGUUUUUGAUGAUAUUUUAUUACUAUGCCGAAAAACACAACCAAUGUUGAGAGAAAUCUUUCCAAAUCCAGAUCAAGUAAUGUCGAAGCUAAUCUUGAAUUUAUUUCAUGGAAAAUUGCAAGUAUGUUUUCAAACUUUAAAUGGACAGGAGGUUAUAACCACGAAGCUCAGCGAAUUCGAAGCUGAUUUGGAGGCAUAUUUAACAACGAUGUAUGAGCUUUAUUUAAGGACGCAGAAAUUAGUGCCGAAUUUAACUGCUUUACGGUUAUCCGCAUCAGACACUCAGUUCAUGGUUACAGUAGUGCGAUCUGUGUUUGGACGAUAUUUAGAAUCCUAUCCUACUAUCGAACAACAGUUUCUAGGAGAACAGUGUGGUGCUAUUUUAAGUCGCUUUUAUGAAUCGAAAAAUCAUCAAAAAAAACAAAUUCAUAGUGGAGGACUACAAGACCUUAAACGAGAUAUUCAAGCGCGCUUAUUAAAUGUAGAAACGUAUGGCGGUGAAACUUUUUUAUCGGAAGAAGUAGCGAUUAAUAUACUUCAAGAAACAAAAAAUGCUUUCCAGCGUUGCCAACUAGUGUGUUCCUGCGUUGUUUUGUUAUGUGAUAAAGAUGAAGCACCUAAAAUGACAGAAAUAAUAUUUGACAUAUUAUUACGUUUUCUGUAUGCGGAACACGUGGACUAUGCAAUCGAUCUUUCUCUCGCUGGGAUAUCAUUGGCAGAGCCAAAAAUUGAGCCUCCUAAUUAUUUUUUCUCAGUUGUUCAACAAGCAGCAGCAAUUACUCAUCUUUUUCAUAAGCAGUACGAUGACUCGAUCUUUCCGUUCGUGAGCAACACGCCUAUUGAGGGUUCCUGUAUCAAAAAGCGCAGUGAUUGCUUACGCAAUGUAGAAAGUCGGAUAAAUUUGGGGCUAGAACGACAGGUUAAUUCAGUAAUUGGUUAUGUGCGAUUUUUGCUGAAUAAUGAGCAGAAAAGGACAGAUUUCCGUCCAGAAGACGAGAAUCAGCAAGUCACUGCUAUGUCUAAUGCUUGCGCUCUCGUUGUUAAGUACUUAACAGGAGCAGUACAAGUAAUACGUGAUAGCCUUGAUGGCGGUAAUCUGACAACUGUAAUGUUGGAAUUUGCUCGUCGCUUUUAUAAAGUUUUACUAACUCAUAUUUAUCAGUUCACUUAUAAUUCUCAAGGUGCUAUGCUUUUGCUAUGUGAUAUUAACGAAUACAGAAAAUGUGUUUUAAGUUGGAAAAUCCCAGAAGUAAGCAAACAAUUUGAAGCACUACAUGCGCUUGCUAAUUUGUUAGUGGUAGUCCCUGAAAAUUUGAAUGAAGCAUGUUCUUCACAACUUUUGAUUGACACCGAUCGGACGAUGGUUAAUAGUUUUAUACAGCUUCGAAUGGAUUAUCGAACUGCAAAAUCACAUUUAAAUAUAAUUUGA